AUGGCCCCUGCAUCCUCGUUGGCCGCACUCAUGGCCUCCCCGGCACCUUCAGGCGGAGAUGCAACGGUCUUAGCUCACGGUCAGACUUUACCUGAUAUAUCGCUGGGAUCGUUGGGAUCAAGUUUCAGAUCAGAGGAUGAGGAGAGGGAACAGGCCGAAAGAGCGGCGAGAGCAGGCAAUGCUGGCAGUAGUGCACUUGGCCGACCUAGCAGAGCUCAACGACAUGAUCAAUCACCUUCCCCACCUUCCUCACCCAAACGGAUCCCUUCGUCCGCCCUUCACUCACUCUCACCUCCGCCGACAGUCCGUAAAUCCUCUUCUCACUCUGGCUUACCUCAGUCCAACGCCCCACGGCGUCCGAGAGUCCUAAAACGUCAAACAAGCGUAUCGUCGCAAUCAUCAGCUUCUGGAUCAGAUCUGGAUGUAGAUGGACCAUUGAGAGCGAGAUAUGGAGAUGGCGAUAAUACAGAUGAUGAGGCUCUCCUCUCUUCGUUGAGUCUCGCAGCAUCACCUCAGAAAUCAUCAUAUGCUCAGAAGAAGGCUCCAUAUCAUGGGGGAGUGAGUAGGAGAGGUGGGAGACAUAGUGUAGCGGCGGGUGAUAUGUCGAAUAACGGUCCGAUGACUUUACGUGAUCAAGAGAAGCAACUCGAGGAAUCCAAAAAAGAAGUAUUCAACCUUCAACUCGAGAAUCAUUUCCUUAAAGAACGACUUUCCAACAUGGCUCCGGAGCAUAUCGAGGCAGCCCUAAAAGAAAAUGUCAAGUUGAAACUGGAGAUAUUAAAUCUAUCUAAAGAAUUGAAGAAAUUGAAGAAAUUGGUUUUGCAGCAAGAUCGGGAUCUGGCCGCUGCCUCGCACUCGGCCGGAGGGAGUGGAUCAGAGUUGAGAGAAUUGGAGAGAAUGUGGAAAGAAGAGAAAGAAAGACGGAAAUUAGCUGAAGAAGCAUUAAAGUCGCAAGCAAACGGAGAUGAAGGGUUAAGAGAGAGGUUGGAAGAUACAGAAGAAUCUGAGAAGAUAUGGAGGAAGAGAUCCGAAGAAUUAGAAGAUGAGUUGGAACACGUGAAAAUACAGUUGGAAGAUGCCAACGAACAGUAUCAAAGAGUUCAGGAGGUAGCUGAUAGGGCGAUUGAUGAAGUUGAUAAUCUCAAAGAAGAGUUGGAGAGAUUGAGAGAGUCUAAUGCGGAAGGGUUGAGUAGGAGUAAAGAGAGUAGAUUGGCUAAUAAGGUACAGGAGUUAGAGCAGGAGAACGCAUCUCUACAAGCUGAUUUAUCGUUGGCUAAGAAAGGUGCAUUAUCAGAAGCCGAUGCUGAACUGUUGGAAGAGAAACUGAACGAACUGCAAGACCAACUAGCAGCCGCUCAACUCGAUGUGGAGUCUCGUGAUCGAGAAAUUGAAGAGCUUAACAACGAACUUGAUAAGCAUCUGAGAGAUCAUGAGAAGGAAUUACAGCAGGUCGAAGAGGAAUGGAGAGAUGAGGUAUUAGAAGCUAGAGCUCAAGUGGAUGAAUUGAAGGAUGCCCUGGACUCUCGUGAACAAGAUACGAAAGAGGUACAUGAGGCUUUACGCGAUCGAGAAGAAGAAUUAUCUGCUGCAUUGAAUAAGAUUGAAGAUCUUCAGGCUAUACAGGCUGAAACCCACGACCGACUGGAGGAGACGCUGAGGAAUAUCGAGAAUGAUAAUAGGGAGAAAGACGGGGAGCUGUUAGCUGCGAAUAGGGAGGUUGAAGAGCUUGGCCAAAGAGUAUACGAACUCGAAGAAGCGCUGGAAGAUUACCGAAUCAAAGAAUCAGAUUUGAACGCCGAUCUGAAAUCGGCCGAUGAAGCUUUCGAAAAUGCUAAAUCGCAUUAUGAGAAUCUGGUCAGUGCCUUGAAAGAAGCUCGAAGGAAGUUGCAGCAGGAAAGAGAUGGAGCUUUGUCUCAGGUUGAGAAGGUCGAGGAGAUGAGGAUUGAGGAGUUGGAUAGGAUAGAAAGGGAACGAAAGAGUGAGGAAGGAGGAUGGAAGAGGCGGUUACAAGAGAAAGAUCAGUCAUUAUCCCGUCUCACUGCCGAGCUCAAUUCUACGAGAGACCGAUUAGCUCAACGCGAACGAGAUCUAUCCAAUGUCGAGAACGCCCUCAGAUCAUUGGAAGACGAAAGGAAGAAAUUGGGUGAUGAGCAUACAUCCGAUAGGUUCGGUCUGGAAUUGGAGUUGGAGCGAUUCAAGAGGGAUUUGAAUAGAGCUGAAGAGGAUUUGGAAAUUUUGAAGAGGGAGCUGGAAGAAAGGGAUGCGGGAUUGAGAGAUAGGGAUUUGAAUUUGGCUAGAAUGCUCGACAAACAACGCGAUCUUGAGAAUAGAUUGGCAUCGGAGAGACAGGGUAGAUUACAUAUGUCUGAUAAGCUGGAUCAGACUAAUAAGAUCGCUAAGCAGCAUGAGAAAGAAGCGAUACAUCUACGAGAAAGGAUCGAAGAGCUCGAACCUCUCCUGACUGAAACGCAACAUGAGAGAUUCGCAUUGCAAAAACAAUCUGAAUCGCAGCGUCAGGAGAGAAGUGAAUUGCUUUUGAGAGUUUACAGGGAUGUAAACAGGUUCUUAGGCAAGGAUGAUGCCCUUACACCUUCCAACUUUACCGUCUUCCGAGAUACUUUAGUACAAAGGUUGAAAUCUAUGAUUCAAAUCAGAACGGAUUUCGAGAAAAAGAUCAAAGAAACUGAGUCGUCUGUUGAUCAACGUGUAAGCGCACUGAAGAAACAGCUCGAGCAGAAAUGGCGAUCAUUGGAUAACUUUGAAGCUGCAGUCAAGAAGUUGGAAUUGGCCAAGAUGCAGUGGAAGAGUAAAUAUGCAGUCAAAGAAGGUGAACUGGAGGCUGCCAGGGCACGCAACCACGAACUCACCUCUCAACUCUCAUCCCAGCGGACGGGAAUGACCACCUCCUCAUCAUCCGAAAUCAAAUCACUUCAAUCCCGAGCAGAAUCCGCCGAAAGACGAGCAAUGAAUUUGGCCAAUCAAUUAGCCAUCAUUGAAGCUAGAUUGGCAGAAGCACAGCAGAAAGCAGGACAAGCGGAGAAUAAAUGGGAAGCAAGAGUGAAAGAGUACGAGAAUAGGUUGAGGGUUGCAGGGGAAAAAAUCAAAACGGAGAAACAGGGUGGGAAAGAGAGGGCGAUGCAGUUGGAAGCUCAAGUUAGGGACCUUGAAAGACAGAUAUCAGAAACUCGAAAGAGGAACCAAAGAGUGGAAGGUGUUGUGGCUCAUGCGCAUGCGAAUGUCCAGAAUCUGUCCCCUGAUAUGAACGAGUUUAGGCGAAGGGGUGAUAUAGGGUAUGCAUUCGGUGGGAGGACGUCGAGGUGA